AUGGAGGAAACGCAGCAGCUUCUCGACUGUCAGUUUGUCGGCGGCGAUGACACGGCGUCUCGGUUAGAGCACAGGCCAAAGCGGCUGGUUGGUCAACCUCAACCCAACCCCAGCGAUGGGGAAAAUGUCCGCCGUCCAGAAGCCAGGAAACAGGGAACAUCCUCCCCAUGGCACACCGUUUGCUUGUCUCAGACACUGCUGUUUCUAUCCUUUGGAAUCCUGGUUGCUUGUUUUAAGACAUCGGAUGGUGAUUGGACACUCUCUGGUCAAAGUUUCUUCAUUUGCAGGUUGAGUGGAGCGGAUGCCGGGAAUCAAAGGCGCAGGUUCGGAAAAGAGCAAUGUGAACCAGCCCAACUACCGCUCCGGCCAACCCAUGCUGAGAGCAUUGACGGCGUUGUGUCGGACAAGGGAUCUAGAAAGCAAGCCAACAUUCCAGAAUGCGAUCAGACUCCUCAUUGCGGAACUAGAAACAGAAGAAACAAACAGUCGCAUUUUGGGAUUGCAGUCUUUCCCUGCAUGUCAUUGCGAUCUCAAGUAUCCUGGCGAUCACUGUCGUUCGAACGGUCACAAACCAAAAAGCGAUCAAACGACCAGCGUGAGGUUGGACACUUAACCACGGGUUUCCGCGUAUCACCUCUCACCGCCGUGCAAGCUGAACGCUUAUUCAAUCCCUGCUCUGGGAACUCAGGCGCUAUCGGUCUUUCCGGCUGUACGUAUGCGCAUACCUACAAUCCCCUUCUCCUCAAGAACCGCAUCGCGAACAUCUCGUCCCCUCAAACCCACAAAAAGCCGCCAACUGUUCGAUUAUCCGAGCAAAAGCGAGACGUGGAAGCCCUCCUGACACUCGUCGCAUGCUAA